AUGGACAAGGACCAGUUUCUGAGAUCUCCUAAAGGAGGCGCUGUGGUGCAGUACCUCAGAAGUCAGCUGAAGGAGGCGCUGUGGUGCAGUACCUCAGAGUCAGCUGAAGGAGGCGCUGUGGUGCAGUACCUCAGAAGUCCGCUGAAGGAGGCGCUGUGGUGCAGUACCUCAGAGUCAGCUGAAGGAGGCGCUGUGGUGCAGUACCUCAGUCAGCUGAAGGAGGCGCUGUGGUGCAGUACCUCAGAGUCCGCUGAAGGAGGCGCUGUGGUGCAGUACCUCAGAGUCAGCUGA